GGGGGGAGAAAGAGGAGGACGGGGGAAGAGAGAGGAGGAGGAGUAUAACUACACUCUGGACCUGAGUGAGGACAAGGCAGCCAAGCAGGAGCCUGAUCAAAGAGAAGGAAAUAACAAGUACAGGUCAAGUACAGGUCAGAGUAACAGCGUUAACAAGGAGCAGGGGUGGCCAUCUUUAGAGCUCUCUGACGAUCCUCAGGAAACUGACUCUGACCAGAAGGGGGAGAGUGUGUGUGAGGGUGAGAGUGUGUGUGAGGGUGAGAGAGGAGGAGCUGUGUGUUCUCCACAACAUGAGAAAAUCAGCCAAUCAAAGCAGGGCUCUGACAUCACACAUCAGGAGACCUCCGACCUGCAUGAAGAGCCCAAUCAACGGGACACUGUCCCGGAGACAACAGACAGGACAUCAGAAUGUGCCAAGAAGGAAACGGCGGAACCAUCUAGAGAUUCCAGGAAGGCUGGAAACCCUGAGGAAGAGUUAGCUAAGGAACAUUCUGAUAAAUCAGAGGGUCAAAGUGAUGUGACUGACAGAGUGGAGACAGAACACAGACAGACUACUUCUCUGUCAGAGAGGGACAGCGAUGGGGAGCGGUCCCUGGAGGGGUCAGAGGAAAGGCACAAGCAGGUCACAGAAGAGUCUGAAACACAAGAGAAGAUAACAGAUGUUCAGAACAGCCACGUAGAGUCACAGGAGAACACUACGACACAGGUUGAUGAUGUCACAGAGUCAACGCAUCCACAACCGUAUAUGGAAAUGGGACAGAGUCGGACCAUCCUGGGGGGCACCUCAGAACAAUGUCUGGACCCGGUGGAGCAGAGCCAAACUGGGACAACUCCUGCCUGCACAGAUGGUGGGCAGAGUUCCACACUCCUAACAGGGGCCGGUAAGGAAGGGAUCCUGAGCCCAGAGAUGGAAGCGGAGGCUGGGAAUGAAGACAUGUGUGGGCACCCUGGAGAUUGCUUGGUUGAGAGGACUGGAAAGUGUGAGAGAGCCUCUUGUGUUGGAGAUGCUGACGUGAAUGUAGUAGCUCCUGAGGAGAAGAGAGUCGCAGAAAAGGAACAUGACUGGGUGGAUGGGUCUGGGACCACAGACAACACAGAGACCGUAGUGGAGGUCCCCCAUCAGUGCACGCCAGUUUCCAUUAUACCCCUUGACAUGGUGUACUACCCCCACUAUGACGUCCCCAUCUCCCAGGUGAUCGAGGCUUUUGUGGAGCCUAACCCUGAAUCGGUGCUCACUGGGCUGGUUCCUCAGUCUCCUCUCUUUGACACAAACACCCAGAGCCAGGCUGUACUGCAUAGCCAGGAGGAGAGAGACUCAGAGAAGGACACAGGGGAUCAUACUGAUGGCGGUCAUAGUGAGACAGAGGCCUCUGCUGUUGAAGAGACAGGGGACAAAAUGGCCGACACAGAACAGAGUGAAACCAAGCCUGUGAAUAUGACCUAUACAGACACUGAGAGGAGAAGUGCUUUGGAGUCUGAAAGUGAACCAAUGGACUUGUUCUAUACAGACAGUGAUGCUGGCGAGAGUUCUAGAUCGGCCCUUGAGGAGCCAAUGACAGUGAGCGACACUCUGGAGCCAAUGGAUCUGUUCUACCCGGAUACAGAUGAUUGUGGCCCUGUAGAGGAAGCAGAGAACGACGUGGAGACCUCGCCGUGGUCCUCCUCCUUCAGCAAGUCAGUAGAGACCUGGCCCUCAACCUUCAGUGUGGCAGCUCUAAAACCAGCACCGUCCUCAGAACCAGAACCACUGCCAGAGACACACACACAGAUACACACAGACUCACACACACACAACACGCUGUAUCAAGAAGAACUCUGCGAGGUGUCAACCACACAGGAGCAGGAUAAGGAGAUUGAGGUGAGAGGGGGCUCUGGUGGAUCAGACCCCCAGGAACGGUGCUCCAUGCUGGGUGAGCAGACGGCGGGAGACGGUGCUGUGGUGGAGGUGGAGACCCACCGUGGGCCUGCUGAGAGCAGUGAUCUCACCAUGACUGACAAGGAGAGGCCUGGCUCUGCUGCUGCUGCUGCCAGAGAAAGCAAUGAGACCGUGAGAAGGAACGCUGACAGUGAUGGAGCCCUAGAUGAUCAGUGUUCUAUGUGUUUUACUCCUCUCCACAAGAGGAAGAACAAUGGCUCCAAUGAGAACGACAAUCAGAAAAGUUUGGCAUCCAGCCGAACUCACUGUACCAAGUCUGACACCAGCUGGAAGAAGAUACAGAUUCCAAUGUCAUUGACAGAGUACUACGUUCUCCUGCUGCUGUGGCUGGUCCUCUACUGUCUGUUGGUGCUGCCACAGAUCCACUACAGAGACCUGCCACACCUUCUGCUCAAACUGGGCAAAUGAACACACACACACACACACACACACAGACAGAUACACACGUCAUGUACAUGUCACACACACGACACAUACACAAGCACGUACACACAUACACACACAU